CAGUGGCAGUUGACAGUUGAAGCUCUGGUGGCUGAUACUAUAGUCUUGCCUUGGAAGAGCGAGCUAGUGUGCUUUGGCAGCUAGUGUUAUACUUCCAGCGAUUUAUCUUGUUGUUCAGAGCACAAUAAAAUCUGUGGUUUUCCUGAGCAUUUUUUUAUUUUAUUUUUUCUAUUUGGUGGAUUUAUUGGACAUCUGGAGAUGAGCCGGAGAACGGAGCUGAGACGGCUCCUGGAGGAUCAGAGGAGGUGGAGCCGUCACGGAGAUCAUGAUGAUUCAACCCAGACCGUAUUUGAGGAGAGACUGCGGUCUGAGCGCCGAGGAGGUGAAAGGAGAGCUCGUCAGGACACCCAGGAACAUCUGCAGAGACCUCAGAGGGAGCAGAGACACCGAAGCCGUUCUCCUCUUCCUGCUCCUGAGAUGGCACCAACAGACGGACCAAGUCCAGAUCCUCUCCCUGGUCCAAGUCAUCUACAGCCAACGUCUCAGCAGCCAGCGGAGAAUAGGCAGAAUCUCUCGGACAUGGUGCACGAGAUCGUCAUGCAGAUGAGGACAGCCGCUGAGGGAGCUGACAAUGAGCAGAAUAUCCCGGCCAUUUUGGAAGAGAUCAUCGAACAGAACAGGCCAGCUGUGGUGGAAGAGAUGCACAGGCAGAAUGUCCAGGCCCUGCAGCUAAGGAUCAGAUUUUUCCAAUCUACCAUCAUUGCUGGGGAUGAAGCGACACAGUCAUGUGCCAUCUGUCUGAUGCAGUACCAAGAUGGGGAGCGAGUGUCUACCCUGCCCUGCAGCCACAAGUACCAUCCAAGCUGCAUCUCACAGUGGUUUGCAACACAUUCCAGCUGUCCCCUGUGCCGCAGAGAGUGCAUCCCAGCGCAGAUUGAGUGUUGGAUCUCCUGAAUACGGUAAGAGGAAGAUCUAAAUUACCACCUUCUCUAGAUUCCAUACCACCUCCUCCACUUUACUUUGGGCAUACUGCCCACACUGCUCACCGGGCCUAGUGCUCGCCUAUUGUGCCAUUCUAUUGGGCCUAAUGCCCCUUUUAUAUUGACCGGCCUAGUGCCUGCCUAAUGAUUCCCAGGCCUAGUGCCUGCUAUGCCCACGGGCCUAGUGCCCGAACCCUGGUGGUCUAGGGUGGGACCAUCUGGAUUUACCCAUCCUAAGGGCUGUGGUUGGACCAAGCUUGGUCCAGACCCGCCCACCACUUGGUCUUGCUCCCACCACCUUCGGCCUUCUUGGAGUCUUCACCUAGGCAGUGGUGGCCAGUAAAAGCUAUUUUACAUCGCACACCACUGUCCCAGGACUUCAACGUUUUCACCACAUCUGCGGCAUUGCGCCGACUUAUACAUCCUGCGGCCUAGCACCGGAUGAAGCGAUAUCACAGCUUAGCACCGAUUUACAACACCUAUAGCCUAGCGCCGACUUAUCCAAUCUGCGGCCUAGCGCAGGAUCAAGAGAUACUACGGCCUAGUGCCGACUUACCACACCUGCGGUUAAUCGCACAAUGUAAGACUACUGGGCAUUGUGCCCUUGCCUAUACCAACCUUGUCGUCCACAUAGUAGCUUUGGGCUUACCGCCCACUGUGCCCUGGCCAAUUGUUGCCUGUCUGUGGGACUUUGCUGCCAUGGGCGUGUUGCCCGUCUGCCUGAAAUGAUCCAAAUGCUUUGGGCCUAUUGCUCACCUACCUGAGCCUCAUACAAUAGCUUUGGCCCUAAUGACCACAGGACCCCGACCUAUUGCUGCCGUUAGGGGCUAAAGAUUCUAUCCAUGGGCCUAGUGUCCAUGUAGUGUGCAGCUCUAUUGGGCCUUCUGCCCACCGGGCCUAGUGCGCGCCUAUACUGCCAUUCUAUUGGGCCUAAUGCCCCUUUAUGUCACCCGGGCCUAGUGCCCGCGUAAUGAAUCCCAGGCCUUGUGCCUGCUAUGUCCACGGGCCUUGUGCCCGAACCCUGUUGGUCUAGGGUGGGACCGUCUGGAUUUACUCAUCCUAAUGGCUGUGGCUGGAUGAAACUUGGUCCAGACCCGCCCAACACGUGGUCUUUUCGCCGGAGGCGGGAUGUCUCCUACCACCUCCGGGCAUCCUAGAGUCUUCACCUGGGCAGUGGUGGCCAGUAAAAGCUCUUUUCCAUCGCACACUACUGUCCCAGGGUUUCGACGUCUUAUCCACAUAUGCGGCGUAGCGCCAACUUAUCCAACCUGCGGCCUAGCGCCGGAUGAAGAGAUACCACAGCUUAGCGUUGACUUACCACAUUUGUAGACUAGCGCCAACUUAUCCAACCUGCGGUCUAGCGCAGGAUCAAGUGAUACUACGGCCUAGUGCCGAUUUACCACACCUGCGGUUAAUCGCACAAUGUAAGACUACUAGGCCUUGUGCCCUUGCCUAUACCAACCUUGUCAUCCACACAAUAGCUUUGGGGUUACCGCCCACUGUGCCUCAGCCUAUUGUUGUGUAUCUGGGGGACUUUGCUGCCAUGGGCCUGUUUCCCGCCUACUUAAUAUGAUCCAAAUGUUUUGGGCCUAUUGCCCACCUACCUGAGCUUUGUGCCUAAUGACCACGGGGCCCAGACCUAUUGCUUCUGUUGAGAGAUAAAUUUUCUAUCCACGGGCCUAGUGCCCGCCUAAUGUGCAAGUCUAUUGGGCCUACUGCCCACACUGCUCCUCAGGCCUAGUGACCACUUAUUGUGCCAUUCUAUUGGGCCUUAUGCCCCUUUAUGUCCACCGGGCCUAGUGCGCACCUAAUGCGACCCAGGCCUAGUGCCUGCUAUGCCCACGGGCCUAGUCUCAAACUCUGGUGGUCUAGGGUGGGAACGUCUGGAUUUAUCCAUCCUAAGGGCUGUGGUUGGACCAAGCUUGGUCCAGACCCGUCCUCCGCGUGGUUUUGCUCCCACCACCUUCGGCCUUCCUGAAAUCUUCACCUGGGCAGUGGUGGCCAGUAAAAGCUAUUUUACGUCGCACACCACUGUCCCAGGACUUCGACAUUUUCACCACAUCUGCGGCAUUGCGCCGACUUAUCCAUCCUGCGGCCUAGCACCGGAUGAAGCGAUAUCACAGCUUAGCACCGACUUACAACACCUAUAGCCUAGCGCCGACUUAUCCAAUCUGCGGCCUAGCGCAGGAUCAAAAGAUACUACGGCCUAGUGCCGACUUACCACACCUGCGGUUAAUCGCACAAUGUAAGACUACUGGGCAUUGUGCCCUUGCCUAUACCAACCUUGUCGUCCACAUAGUAGCUUUGGGCUAUCUGUGGGACUUUGCUGCCAUGGGCGUGUUGCCCGCCUACCUGAAAUGAUCCAAAUGCUUUGGGCCUAUUGCUCACCUACCUGAGCCUCUUACAAUAGCUUUGGGCCUAAUGACCACGGGACCCCGACCUAUUGCUGCCGUUAGGGGCUAAAGAUUCUAUCCAUGGGCCUAGUGUCCAUGUAGUGUGCAGCUCUAUUGGGCCUUCUGCCCACACUGCUCACCGGGCCUAGUGCUCGCCUAUACUGCCUUUCUAUUGGGCCUAAUGCCCCUUUAUGUCACCCGGGCCUAGUACCCGAGUAAUGAAUCCAAGGCCUUGUGCCUGCUAUGUCCGCGGGCCUAGUGCCCGAACCCUGUUGGUCUAGGGUGGGACCGUCUGGAUUUACUCAUCCUAAUGGCUGUGGCUGGAUGAAGCUUGGUCCAGACCCACCCAACACGUGGUCUUCGCCGGAGGCCUAGUCUCAAACUCUGGUGGUCUAGGGAGGGAACGUCUGGAUUUAUCCAUCCUAAGGGCUGUGAUUGACCAAGCUUGGUCCAGACCCGUCCUCCGCGUGGUCUUCGCCAGAGGCGGGAUGGCUCCCACCACCUCCGGGCUUCCUGGAGUCUUCACCUUGACAGUGGUGGCUAGUAUAAGCUCUUUUCUGUCGCACACCGCUGUCCCAGGGCUUCCGACGUCUUCACCGACAAGCGUCGGAUCUUUGAGCUUCACCCGGCGGGCGGCGGUGUGCAACAGCUCUUUCACAACUGCCACCACCCUCCAGGACUUCCGGCGCCUUUCCCUGCGUCUUCUAUCUUCAAUCAUCGGGAGCUCUUCACUGCUCCCUCCCGGCUGACAUACUGCUCACCCGUGCCCGGCGCUGGCUGAAAUAAGCCAGUGCCAGGAAGCGGGGCUAUGAUGCAGUGAGCCAGGAUUGACUCGCCGCCGCCACUCGAUGCAGGUACGCCGCCAUUACACACGUGGAGCGGAAGUGGUUAUUCACCAACUCCUCCAUGGCCGCUGCUGAACUCUGCAGCCAGCUGGGCAGGUGGGGACUGGACCAGACAGGGCCCAGGUCCCCAGUGCUGCCUGGUUCCACUGCCGGUUCCUUCCCCAUAGGACGACCCCAGGAUCCCAGCCCGUCCCAGGCAAGGAAGAACAGAGCACAUAGUAGCAGGUCCAGUGACUGCGCUAGUACACUGGGCAUUGCUACACAUGUGCAGUACAGGUCCAUGACAUUGGUCAUACUACGGUAUUAGAUUAUCAGUGAUUGACAGUCUGAUUCCGCUUGAGGGCGGGGAGGGGUGGCAACAGCCUGUUUCUCAAAAUGGAUUUGUGUCGCCAAUGUUUUUAGGGAGGGACUAGGCCAGGAUUAUCCGCCUGAGGUUGCAGAUUUCAUGGCUCCUUCAUAGUUGAUGUGGUGGCUGACUUGCGCGACUCCUUGGGUCACUCAGCCGGCCGAUAGUGUUGCAGAAGAUCUGAUACUGCCUCCUAGGAUGCAGCUCGGAUCAGUAAUGCAUGCAGGAGGCAUGACGCAUCCUGCUGUAUUACCAUAUUAGCGCUACCACUGCUGCUUUUGUAUAAGCAGCAGAUAUAGUUCCUCCGUCCACAUCUGAAUCAGGCCCACUGUGCUCCUACUGGCCAGUGGCCAUCUUAUGUGUGGCACUGGGGGAAUCCUUUGCAUACCCCCAAGCCGUCCUGCUUUGGAUAGAAUAGUCCCGCUUUUCCUGGAACUGUCAGACUGUCCCAUCCGCGGGGCGCUAUGUCCCGGGGGGAUAGGGGGAGCACUCUAACCCCUGCUCUGCAUAGCAUACAUGCCAAGUGCAAGGAAUCUACCAGAGCCUGAUUCAGGAGGCGUCUUAUGCAAAUAGACAUCACCUGAUGGCUUCUCUGAUCUGCUGCUGUUCUGAGCAUUGUACCACCUGUGUUAGCAUCGGUCAUCUGAGUAAACCUCAGGCCUUGACGCAUCAAGAAAACGGGUCCGACAUCAGUGGCGGAACUUGAGUGUGUUGGGCUCAGGUUCAAAAAUAUGCUCUGGGCCCCCCUUCUCCGUCAUACGGGGGUUUUCGCAUCGGCGAUGUCAUUUAUAGCUUCGGCUUUUGCUCCCCUUGUAGUGGCUAUGGCCCCUGAUUCUGCACGGCCCUUGACCAUGGUUCAGGGCUGGGGUCUUAUUUCCGUCCCAUCCAGACCGGCGAUGCAGCAGUUUUUGCAGGCAUGUCAGGACAUGGGAGCGGCUGUUGUCCAACUGGGUAUGAGCGCACCUGCAACAGUAGAGUAUACUAGGGCGCCCGCUAUGGUUUCUCCUCCCCUUUUGACCGCCUCAGUAGCUUCAUCUUCGGGGGCGGCUUUAACUCCUUUUUCAGAGUUUGAUGAAGAGCUGAGAGAAGAUGAAGCUGUUUCCUCGGCGGAGGCGUUGGUGACUGGUCAGACCGAGACUUCAGGUGAGGCAGAACCAGAUUAAGGGGGGCCAGGGGAUAUGUUACCCUGGGCCCCCUCCCCUCUUAGGGGUCCCCCAUGAGGGACCAAUUUUGUCUUUCAGAGAUGGAGACAGCAGCUUUGUCUACAUCUCUGCAGCGGCCGGGGCCACCCGCAGUCACAAUCAGAGCGCCUGCCUGGCUGCUCCUCACAGAGAGCUCUGAUCGGCAGAGCUCUCUGCAUUGGAUACAUUACACCCACACAGCUGAGGCCGGGAGCUACUGAGCAUGUGCAGCAGCAGAUCAGCUCACAUGGACUCCAGCAGUGACUCUCCUCCUCCUCCUGUUUUGGUUAAUUUUGUAUUUUGUAUGUGUAUGCGUGUGUUUUGUAUGUAUGCUGUGUAUGUAUGUAUGAAUGCUGUGUGUGUAGGUAUGCUGUGUGUGUGUGUGUAUGUAUGUAUGUAUGUAUGCUGUAUGUGUGUGUAGGAAUGCUGUGUAUGUAUGUGUGUAUGCUAUGUGUGUUUGUAUGUAUGUAUGUAUGUAUGUAUGCUGUCUGUGUGUGGGUAUGCUGUUUGUAUGUAUGUAUGUAUGUAUGUAUGUAUACAUGCUGUGUGUAGGUAUGCAUGAUGGGUGUGUGUAGGUAUGCUAUACAUGUAUGUAUGUAUGUAUGUAUGUAUGUAUGUGUGUGUGUGUGUGUGUGUGUGUGUAUGUUUUCUGUAUGUAUGCAUAUGUGUGUUUGUAUGUAUGCUGUAUGUGUUGUGUGUAUGAACGUAUGUGUGUAUGCAUUCUAUGUGUGUAGGUAUGCUGUGUGUAUGUAUGUAUAUAUGCUGUGUGCGUUGGGAUUCUGAAUGUCAUUAUGCUGACAUCGGCAUCCCUAGCAUUGGAAUGCCGGCAGGGGGCGAGCACAACUUAGCCCCAUGCGGGCUCGGUGGCGAGUUACGCUCACCACAGGUUUUAUUCUCUCUCUAUGGGUGUCAUGGACACUUAUAGAGGGGGAAUCACCUACCUCGCCGGUAUACCGGCGGCAUGGUGCCCCCGUUGGGAUCUCAGCGUCUGUAUUGUGACUGCCGGGAUCCCGACUGUUGGUAUGCUAACUGGAGAUUCAGAGGAUGAUGGCUCUGGCUCUGCUAGUAGCGUGGUCAGGGCAUGGAAGCGUGCUGCUAAGGGGGGUAUUCAAUUUAUUCAAUUACGUGCCUUUGUUUGACCAGUCAAAAAAAUGGCACUAAUUCGAAACAGGGCAUUCAGUCGCGGGCUUUUCACACGUUUUUUAAUCCAUUUUUCGCCCAUGCCAUUUCACUUUUUUUUGUUGAAAUCGGCAUUGGCGAAAAUUGCACCAAAAAUGAACGAAAACACCUGCGAAUUUGCCAAUACACGUGUAUCUGCCCCCACUAAGUAUGCUAGGCAAGAGGUGGUUAGGCAUGAUUGGCUAUGCUCUGGCGACUUUAGAUAGUUUCCGUAGGCCUUAGCAGCGUUUAGGCGCAUGCAGGAAUUGUUGCGCUGUUUGUUGCAUGUUGCGCUGUCUUGUACGUCUCCCCCUGUCCUCCCUACUCGGGGAUUAGCUACUCGCCACUGUUGGCAGUGGGAGUUUAGAGGGAUUUAACAAUUUUUUACCUGGACUGACGGACUUAAUUCGGCUUAAUUAUACUUGAUUUGGCUAAUUGGAUUUCAAUUAUGUGUCCCUCAGCAGGUUUUAAGUUUUACCUCUGACCGAGUUUACUUGUGUGACCCCCUCCCCCAUUUAUUUGUUUUACCUAUCCUAUUGUAUCUAUAUGUUGCUUCGAUUGGCUUGAAGCUCGUUUACAUGGAAUUUCCAUGAAUUUUUUUCUUUUUGGCAGAUCGCCUGGGUGAUAGGUGCAAGGGUUGCUUACCUGGCCACGCAUGUUUUCUGCUCAGCUAGGUUUAUGGCUUUAAAAUUAAUGUAUGGGGUAAACUUAUUUUCUCUUUUAUUUAACGUUUA